AAGGGGGCUGGGCACGACCCAUCUUUGUCCUCCCUUUCUUUCCGCCGCGCAGGCCGGCCCGCCAGUGUCUUCCCAGCCCGCGUCCCGGGCGGGGGGCGGCGGGAGACGCCGGUGCGGGGUGCGCGGCGGAGGCGGCCCUGCGUGCAGCACGCCGCGUCUGGGGCGCGCCCGCUGCUAUCCAGCUUCCCGGGCUCGUCGGCGGGCGCGGUGUGCGGCGCGGCGCGGCGCGGGCUCACAAAGAGCUGCGGCGGCGGCCUCGCGGACCGAGCGGGCUCUGGCGGGGGCAGCCGCGCAGCCCCGCGCCCGGGCCAGAAAGAAUUCAUCACCAAGAGGUUUUCCCAUAUAUUACCCAACCACUUGCUUUCGCAGCUGCCUCCUGGUGACGAUGGCUGCCUGAGCGUCCGCCAUGGCCAACCGCAAGCGUCAGAGCACGGCAAGCAGCAUGCUGGACCACAGGGUGAAGCCGGGCCCCGUCCCCCACGGCCAGGAGCCCGAGAGCCAGGACGCGGACCUGCCCCUGGAGGAGUACGAGCCCCAGGGCCUGGAGCUGGCUGCCCUGCGGCCCGAGAGCCCCACACCCCCUGAGCAGGGCUGCCACGACCACAGCCCCGACGGGGACUCCAGCUCCGACUACGUGAACAACACCUCAGAGGAGGAAGACUACGAUGAAGGCCUGCCCGAGGAAGAGGAGGGCAUCACCUACUACAUCCGCUACUGCCCCGAGGAUGACAGCUACCUGGAAGGCAUGGACUGCAAUGGGGAGGGCUGCCUGGCCCACGGUGCCAGCCACCUGGAGACAGACGAGUGCCAGGAGGCGGUGGAGGAGUGGACGGACUCGGCCGGCCCUCAUGCCCACGGCCACGGGCACGACAGCAGCCCGGACUACCGGGACGACCACCUCCCCACCCCCGACGACGAGGUCUCCAUCCUAGAGGCCCAGGACCAGGAAGAAGGCGUCCACUACUGCCCCAGUGAGGAGGGCUACCAGGACUAUUACCCCCCAGAGGCCAACGGGAACGCGGGCAGCACGCCCCCCUAUCGCCCGCGGCGUGGGGAUGGGGACCUGGAGGACCAGGAGGAGGACAUCGACCAGAUUGUGGCUGAGAUCAAGAUGAGCUUGAGCAUAACCAGCAUCGCCAGUGCUGGAGAGGCCAGCCCUGAGCAUGUGCGGGUGCAGGGGCCAGAGCAGGGCCUUGGGGACCGCACAGAGGCCUGCCCGCCGGGCGAGGCCAGCUGCGGCCCCAGCAGACACGAGGGACGGCCCAAGUCACUCAACCUCCCUCCUGAAGCCAAGCUCCCCGGAGACCCCCAGAGAGGCUUCAAGACCAAGACCAGGACUCCCGAGGAGAGGCCGAAGUGGCCCCAAGAGCAGGUUUGCAAUGGUCUGGAGCAGCCGAGGAAGCAGCAGCGCUCCGAUCUCAAUGGACCUGUGGAUAAUAACAACGUCCCGGAGACAAAGAAGGUGGCAUCGUUUCCAAGUUUUGUGGCUGUUCCAGGGCCCUGCGAGCCGGAGGACCUCAUCGAUGGGAUCAUCUUCGCUGCCAACUACCUGGGGUCCACCCAGCUGCUCUCAGAACGGAACCCUUCCAAGAACAUCAGGAUGAUGCAAGCGCAGGAGGCCGUCAGCCGGGUCAAGAGGAUGCAAAAGGCUGCCAAAGGCAAGAAAAAAGCGAAUGCUGAGGGGGAUGCCCAGACCCUGACCGAAGUGGACCUCUUCAUCUCCACUCAGAGGAUCAAGGUGCUAAAUGCGGACACACAGGAAACCAUGAUGGACCACGCCUUGCGCACCAUUUCCUACAUCGCGGACAUUGGCAACAUUGUGGUGCUGAUGGCCCGGCGGCGCAUGCCCCGCUCGGCCUCCCAGGAUUGCAUCGAGACCACGCCCGGGGCGCAGGAGGGCAGGAAGCAAUACAAGAUGACCUGCCACGUGUUCGAGUCCGAGGACGCCCAGCUGAUCGCCCAGUCCAUUGGCCAGGCCUUCAGCGUGGCCUACCAGGAGUUCCUGCGGGCUAACGGCAUCAACCCCGAGGACCUGAGCCAGAAGGAGUACAGUGACGUCAUCAACACCCAGGAGAUGUACAACGAUGACCUCAUCCACUUCUCCAACUCGGAGAAUUGCAAGGAGCUGCAGCUCGAGAAGCACAAGGGGGAGAUCCUGGGCGUGGUGCUGGUGGAGUCGGGCUGGGGCUCCAUCCUGCCCACCGUGAUCCUGGCGAACAUGAUGAACGGCGGCCCCGCCGCCCGCUCCGGGAAGCUGAGCAUCGGGGACCAGAUCAUGUCCAUCAACGGCACCAGCCUGGUGGGGCUGCCCCUCGCCACCUGCCAGGGCAUCAUCAAGGGGCUGAAGAACCAGACGCAGGUGAAGCUCAACAUCGUCAGCUGCCCACCGGUCACCACGGUCCUCAUCAAGCGGCCAGACCUCAAGUACCAGCUGGGCUUCAGCGUGCAGAACGGCAUUAUCUGCAGCCUCAUGCGAGGGGGCAUCGCGGAGCGAGGUGGUGUCCGCGUGGGACAUCGCAUCAUUGAGAUCAACGGGCAGAGCGUGGUGGCCACAGCUCACGAGAAGAUCGUGCAGGCUCUGUCCAACUCGGUCGGAGAGAUCCACAUGAAGACCAUGCCGGCCGCCAUGUUCAGGCUCCUCACGGGCCAGGAGACCCCGCUGUACAUCUAGGCCCGUCCAGCCCACCUGGGCCCAGAGGAGCCGCAGGCCGGACCCAAGACCUGACCCCUGACCCCACAGCCCACCCAAGGACACUGGCUCCCUCGAGGGGGGCCCUCACCACUCACUUGUUUUUGGACAUAAAGGGGGUAUGUCUUUGUUGAAGGAGAGUCACAGGAACCAGUCUUUUUGUAGAAGAGUCAAGUAUUUGCUGCGUCCUGAACCGUUUCCUCAUUGCGACUGACGUGUUUCCUUGUACCUCUGUGUGGCGUGGUGUCUCCUCCCUGAAGCCCGGACAGUUAGCGCGGGUGCUUGGAUGUGGCCGUGAAGGGAGUCAGUCCCCGAGGACGGCGGGUGCCUGGGGCAGCCGUGAUGGGAGUCUGGGGCGCUGUCGGGGACACCCUGCCGGCCCCAAACGGGCGGGUUGUGCUGCUGCUUCCUCCGUGGGAGCCUGGGAAGCCCAGCACUCGGAACGUUGCCGUAACUGAAGUCUCGCAACCAGUGAUUGUAUUGGAUGAGCAAGGAGCCGUUCCUGCAUUAAUUAAAGGAUGGUGGCCACCCCGUGGAUUUAUUUAGAAAAGCCCACUGUGCUGACUUUCAUUUUGACAAGCCGUUCUUCAGACUUGAGGGUUUUCAGAUGACCCGUGACCACACCUGCCGCCCCGUCCUCACCUGUCCUCUGGUCUCUGUGGACCUGGCUGGGCACCGUCCUCCAGGUGGGGCAAGCUCUCUCCUCCCCCCAGGGUCAAGGACAACCGCCUGGGCGCCAGCCCUCUAUUUACAACCCCUGCCUACACACACGCUCCCCCCAAACACUCAAGGCCCACUGGAACACGCGACCUCUGCCAUUCCCGGGGCAGCCCGCGGUGAGCGGGGCUUCCUGGGCAAGCCAGGCGCCAGCACCGCGAGCAGCGUCAGUGUGUGCCGAUCACGUACUACGUAGCCUAGUUCCGUCCCUUAGAGAUCCAUGUGAGCUGACGUCAUUCUGUCUGCAGUCUCUGUUUUUGGCCCCGGCCGUGAAGAAUACACUGUGACUUAAGAAGCCUUACCAUGCAGUAACUAAAGCUAGGAUUACUGUAUUCAAGGAGUGACCUGUGUGUUGCAUGCAGCCGACCUUAGGAAGACUCGCUAAUGUCACUAAUAAACCUGACGUCAUGAUGAAAAG